AUGUCAGCGAGCACAAGUCAGCCUGGCAGAUCAAAGUCCAAAGCAAAGAAAGUGAUGACAGAAGAUGAAGUAACCGCGAGCCGGUAUAACUGGGACUUUAGUCAAGCACUCAGUGAUUUCUCAAUGCAUGGAGUGACUAUUAAAGGCAUUAGACUCAAAACUUCGUCUGGAAAAGCUGCUCGUUACAAGGCACUGGAAUUUAUCCCCGUUAAAGAUGAUACAAAUAAAAUGGUAGUUACGAAAUUAUGGGACAUACAUGACCACCUGUUAGAAGAAUACAAAAAAAACAAGAUUAGUACAGAGCAUAUUCUACUCCUUGAUACUAAUUUUAGAUACGAUAUCAACCUUAGUGGCAACGUUGCUGUUACGAUUCUAGAGAUACUAGAGGGCGACAAUGAAGUUCUAGUUUUUGAAUAUGCUAAAGGCGGGAAUCUAGACGACUGGAGAAAAGAAAGAGAGCCAAGCAUGCCUAUAGAAAUGGAAGUAGCGUGUAUUGGAUACCCGAAAAGAAUUCUGUUCAUGGAAGAAGCUAAUAAAUACCAAGGGCUUGAUAUUGGCAAGGAUCUUAAAAUUUCCAAUAUGAGAAAAGGCGAAGGGACUGAGCAAUAUGAUAAAUUAGAGGCUAAAAUAAGCAUAAAUCAUGAUGGGAUAUAUGAAUAUUUGGAUUAUCUUCCCCCUGAAGUGACAGAUCUAGCAAGUAAUGUAGGAGCUGGGGCUUCUAGACUGACCCCUGCAGUGGAUGUCUUCUCUGCUGGCAUGAUACUUGCCGAAAUGCUAAACGUGCGCCCGCCGAGCCAUCGAAUGACUGCCAAUGGUGAAGUGAUGGCACUUACAGAAUAUGAUGUAUCAUAUUUAGCAGGGUGUUGUACGACUUGUGAAGAAAAUUGGAAAAAAAUAUCCAAAAAAGGUAGAGAUAUAAUAAAAAACCUUACAAGGGCAAAUUAUAAGGAACGGCCAUCUGCUAAAAAAGCUGUUGCACUUGUAGUUGAGUGGAUCAAUCAACUUGGGGAAGAUGAGCGCCAACGGCAAUACAAUGAAAGGGAGAAAAAGCGAAAAGAACAACUCAAAGAGCAACAUGAAAGACAGCAUUCCAAGUCCUCCACAUCUCAGACAGGAAAAGAACAGAAAGUAUAUCAUUAUAAGUUCAAAAAGCAACAGUAA